UUUAACGGAUUUAAAAGCAGCGGUAUCCGUAGCGGUGAAGGAAGUGCCUGGGUAGAACCCUCUAACGUUCACAUUCCCGACACUGUCGAUUGGAGGAAACAAGGACUGGUCACCCCAAUCAAAAACCAGCAACAAUGUGGCUCUUGCUGGGCUUUCUCUACCACCGGUUCUCUUGAAGGGCAGCACAAAAAGAAAACCGGAAAUUUGGUUUCCCUCAGUGAACAGAACCUCGUAGAUUGCUCUCAACCAGAAGGUAACAUGGGCUGUGAAGGAGGUCUUAUGGAUUCAGCUUUCCAAUACAUCAAGCAGAACAAAGGAAUUGACACUGAAGCAUCCUACCCAUACACAGCUGAGGAUGGUCCAAAAUGUCUUUUCAAUAAAGCCAAUGUUGGAGCAACUGUUACUGGAUAUGUUGACAUUCCUACCGGAGAUGAGAACGCUCUUAAAACAGCUGUUGCCACCGUAGGACCUGUUUCUGUAGCUAUUGAUGCAAGCAACUUUAGCUUCCAGCUCUAUCAAGAUGGAAUUUACGAUGAAUCCAGCUGCAGCACUUCUCAAUUGGAUCACGGUGUUCUGGCAAUCGGUUACGGAACAGAAGAUGGCCAAGACUAUUGGCUCGUGAAGAACAGGUAAUAAAAGUUUCAAAACCUCUUUUAAAUAUA